CUACCUCUAAGAAGCCUUUCUCAGGCCAUCAAGAAAAGUAAAGAGUUUUCAUCAGCUUUAGCUCUUGUUGAUCAGUCUGAGGGAUCUGUAACCUGUACCUUCUGUAAGCAAGGGCGCCCCAGCGUGAGUUGUGGUGUAGUCACUGACAUCAAAGCCAGAAGAAAUCUGUUGAAACGAGAGAGUCGCUGCUUUAUUUGGCAAGGAAUUGCUCUCAGGGCAAGGAAUGCCACAUUUGCUCAUGAAGACAUCACAUGUCAAUUUGCGAGAAAGCCAACAGCAGUUGUGUCAUCUUGGAAAGUGCUGCUCAAGGAAGGAACGUAA